AUGCAGUACCAAAAUGACUUUUCUCUCUUUCUUAAAUUACGUGGAGAAGAAAUACUUUCUGGAGGCCGAAUGGUUUUGUCGUUCAUGGGAAGGAGAACUUCUGAUCCCACCACAGAAGAGAGCUGCUACCACUGGGAGCUCUUAGCACAUGCACUAAUGAGCAUGGUUUCAGAGGAAAAAGUUGAUUCGUUCAACGCUCCUUACUAUGCUCCAUGCCCCGAAGAACUUAAAUUGGAAGUAGAAAAGGUAGGGUCAUUCAUUAUUGAUCGCCUUGAAGCGUUUGAAAUUGAUUGGGAUGGAGGUGUUGAUGAAGACGUAAAUAACACAUUGGGAGCACUGUCAAGAGGUCAGCGAGUAGCAAAGACUAUAAGAGCCGUAGUGGAAUCAAUGGUGGCGCAUCAUUUCGGAAAUCACAUAUUGGACGAGUUAUUUCGAAGGUAUGCUCAGACGGUGGGCGAUUACUUGUCGAAGACUCAAGCCAAGUACAUUAAUUUAGUCAUUUCCGUUAUCAUAAAGGAUUGA